GUAGGGCGCUCACUAGGUAUUGGUCACCGCCCGCAUCGCUCUGCUAUAGUAAGUGCGUGCGCGCUGCUGCUGUCUUCCGACGCUCCAUUUCUGUGAGAAACACACAGGAAACUUGCCUAAAAACACACAGGAUCCACACUUAAACGUUAGCUUUGGCAGUCGAAACCUCGAUUGUUGUUUCUCGUCGAUCUUUUAGCGGACUACCGCCGAUAACGAGCCGAGCGCUGAGGGGAAAUCCGACCGAAGAUGGGCGCAAAGUCGCGGGUCGCACACUGAAGUUGGAGGAUAUUUUCCCGGUGGAAGUGAAAGAGAAGCGACAGCUUGAUUCUUGACGGGGCUGAUAGUGAGCUCCAGCGUCGCUCAUCCUCUGAGGUGGAGCUAAGAUGAGCAUUACCAGUGAUGAAGUCAACUUUCUGGUCUACAGAUAUCUGCAGGAGUCAGGUUUCUCUCACUCGGCGUUCACGUUUGGCAUCGAGAGCCACAUCAGUCAGUCGAACAUCAACGGGACUCUGGUGCCUCCCGCGGCCCUCAUCUCCAUCCUGCAGAAAGGCCUUCAGUACGUGGAGGCCGAGAUCAGCAUCAACGAGGAUGGCACAGUGUUUGACGGCCGGCCGAUAGAGUCGCUGUCGCUCGUCGAUGCUGUGAUGCCAGACGUGGUUCACACCAGACAGCAGGCCUUCAGAGACCAACUCGCUCUGCAGCAGCAGCAGCAAGCCAACAGCUCCAGCAACUCAAGCGCGGCUCAGUUCCACGCCACCAAGAACGGAGAAACCGCGGUCAACGGAGAGGAGAUCGGCACCCACACGCUCCAUAAUCAUUUGGAGGCGAUGGAGAUGGACGACGAGGUCCAGAUUCCCGCCACGGUGUUGAGAGGUCACGAGUCGGAGGUCUUCAUCUGCGCCUGGAACCCCGUCACUGACCUCUUGGCCUCAGGCUCUGGCGACUCGACGGCGCGCAUAUGGAACCUGAUUGAGAACAGCAGCGGCGGCUCGACUCAGCUGGUCCUGCGGCACUGCAUCCGAGAGGGAGGUCAGGACGUUCCCAGCAACAAGGAUGUGACCUCACUAGACUGGAACAGUGACGGCACUCUAUUAGCAACCGGAUCUUAUGAUGGAUUUGCAAGAAUAUGGACAAAAGAUGGUAAUCUCAGCAGCACACUCGGCCAGCAUAAAGGACCCAUAUUUGCACUCAAGUGGAACAAGAAAGGCAACAGCAUUCUGAGCGCUGGAGUCGAUAAGGUCAGUAUCUACAGUUGAGGUCACAAUGAGAAGUUGAUGUGGUGUUUAUUAACUCCCGCAGCUCCGGCGCUGGACGUGGACUGGCAGAACAACAGCACCUUCGCCUCCUGCAUGAUUGAUAUGUGCAUCCAUGUGUGCCGCCUGGGAAGUGAGCGUCCACUCAAGACCUUUCAAGGGCACACGAAUGAAGUGAACGCCAUUAAAUGGGAUCCGUCUGGAAUACUGCUGGCUUCCUGCUCAGACGACAUGACGCUAAAGAUCUGGAGUAUGAAGCAGGAUUCAUGCGUUCACAAUCUUGAAGCGCACAAUAAAGAGAUUUACACCAUCAAAUGGAGCCCAACCGGCAGCGGGAGCAGCAAUCCCAACGCUAACAUGCUGCUAGCCAGGUAA